ACACAGUUUGCGAGCUCUGGGCUUGCAGCCUUACCCAUGAACCGUUUCGCUCAUCCCCUGUGAUCGGUGACAUAUUCCAAUUCACAGAAAUAUUUCUUCCAUCCGGAGUCGCUCAUGGCGCUGGAGCCGACGGCCAAGGUGAAGGAGCUGCUGGAUGCGGCCGAUGAAAAGCUGCAGGCCGCUGGAGAUGUGAGGCACAAGCCACAGCUCGCGGAGAUCUGCAGCAAAGAGGCGCUGAGCCUAGCCGAAGAGGCCCACGAUCUCAGCAGAUGCCGAAUGGAUCAGGCUGGCACGUGGGCAUCGACCCACCUGAUCACCCGGGCCAAGCUCCAGCUAGGAGAUCGUACCAACGCUCUGAAGAUGGCGCAACAGAGUCUGCAAGAGGCGGACGAUGCCACCAAUCUGCAAGGGGCCGCUGUGAUGUUGAUCGCCGAGGCCGAAUGCUUGGCGGCCCAUCGGAACUUUCGCGGCGCCGCGGAGUCGGCCAAAGAUGGGGUGGAUCGCGCCCAGCGCCUGGCCAUGAGGUCAUUGGAGUGCUACGGCCUGUACGCGGUCCUGUUUCAUUGCUUUAUGACGCAGGGAGAAGUGGAGAUGGCGCAGCUGGCGGCGGAGAGAGCAUUUGACUGCACGCGUGCGAUGGACCGGAAGAGCAAGGCGAAGCAUUGUUUGGCGGUGGCUCAGACGCUGAAAGUGACGUCCUUGAGUUCAGCAGAGUCCUGUGCGCGGGAAGCUUUGUAUGCCUUCCGAGCAGAGGGAGAUGCCGAUGGAGAGGCUGCUGCUCAAGCAUCGCUUGCCCAGGCUUUGCUGCUGCGGGGAGCGUAUCAGGAGGCCCUGAGGCCGGCAAGAGCUGCCCUUGAGCAGAAAACGACGCGCGGCCUGGAGGUGUGCGUUCACGCGCUUCUGGGAUGUGGCCAGAUCGAGGAAGCAAAGAAACUGACACAAGCCAAAUUGGACCUGUUCCAGAACCAUGGUGACCGGUCUGGAGCAGCCUUCGUGACUGUCUUGCUGGCAGCUGCCGUCGCAGCGGAAGGCGAUGUCGCACGCGCGUUAUCGAUGCUGGAGGAAGCUUUGAGCAGCAAGCUGGACAGCCUGCAGACAUAUGCAAAAGCAAGUCUUCAGGCCAGCAAGCUCUUGCUGGACAAGGGAAUGCUGGACGAGUGCUUGGCUCGGGCGCAGGAAGCGCUGCUGGCCUUUCGCCCCAUGCCCGACUGGUGUGGAGAGCAGGAGGCCAAUGCAGUCAUCAGUGAGGUGUACAGUCGCCGCAACGAGCCGCACCUUGCUCCCAACAGGCCGCAGGCUGUGAGGCUGGCGCAGGACAUGGCCAGCUCCAUCCAGUCCCGCAACGCCAGUGCCUUCCAGACGGCCGCUGCCCAGCUCGACCGACUGGCACUUUCCCAUCCGCCCUUGUCGAAACAAGAACAUCAGCAUAUCUUUGAAGAGGCCGGCCGCAGGGACAAAUCGAUGAAUGACUUUAUUCGCGCAAAUGCGCCAGCAAAGCAUGGAUCCAAAGCUCCGGUUGGCGCUGGUCAAUCCUUCACGCCAGUGAUCAAAGAGCAAUUUUACUGGGGCUUUCGAGCUGGAGGAAUUGGCUAUGGACCAAGGUUUCGGGGUGUGGACGCAGCUCUAGGUCUCACAAGUCAAGCACAAGGAGUUGAUGAUGAAGCUCAUGCCUACGCUGUCUACAGGCUGCAAGACGAUGCAGAUGAGUGGGAGAAGGGCUACCGCGCUCAUCCCUCGAUCCUAGACUCUGCACUGCAGAGCGGCUCCGCCAUUCGCAACACUUAGCUCCGGCGCAGCUCGACGAGCUA